GCGCAAGAUGCAGUCCGACCGCAUGGAAGUCGACUCUGACGCCGCCGUCAAGCGCAAGGGCCGCGGCUUCAACUCGAAGGACGAGCGGGAGGACACGCGCGGCGAGUACCAGACGAUCACGCCGUCGGCGAACACGGGCGACAAGGCGCAGCGAUCGAUCGAGGGCUGGAUCAUCAUCGUCACCAACGUGCACGAGGAGGCGAACGAGGACGACCUCAUGGACCGGUUCAGCGACUACGGCACGGUCCGCAACCUGCACCUCAACCUGGACCGGAGGACGGGCUUCAUCAAGGGUUACGCCCUCGUCGAGUACGAGACCAAGGCCGAGGCUGAGAAGGCCAUCGCCGAGGCGCCUCAAGAGCCGUUCCUCGAGAAGGUCCUCGCGUGCGACUUUGCGUUCGUCCAGCCGACAGAGCAGCCUGCGGCCAAGGAGCCGGCACGAGCUGCGCGCGGACGGAGCGCGAGCCCGGCGCGCAAGGCGCCGCUCAUCACCCGCAUCGACUGAGCGUUGGGCUCUCGGUGUCAGGGAGGACGUGCGCGCGUGUAGAGCGGGCGAGUGCGCGUUGUAAAAUCGGUUCGACC